CAGUCAUUCACUACACAGAUGGAGUUACCUUAAGAAACUUACGGUGGAAUCGAUGGACUUACAAUGUUUUUGUUUAUUUCCAGGGUUAAAUUUGUAUCUCCAUUAUCUGACGACGAAACUGAAAUAGCAAGAAAUAAAUUAAUGCUUCUUUAUGAAGAAAAGCUCAAGUCUAUACACAGUUGAACAGCUAACAGGAGAGAUUGCGAUUGUUUUGGAAUCUCUUUUCGAACUUUUGGAACGACGUUUAUGGGAAGUAUUCAUUAAAAAUUAGAUUUUUUUAAUUAUUAGUGUAAGGCUAAGUCAGAUAUUUCCUCCGUGACUGACACAAACUGACCGGUCCAUCAUAAUAAUCGAGAUAGAAGCAGAUUCACGAUGUUUCCAGCCAGCGAUAGGAGUGAUGCACAUGUUUUAAGAGAAACAGCAGCAGCUUCUGAGUCAGUCAUCAGCGUAAAGAAAUUUCUUGCAUCCUGGGACAAAGAUAUACAUGAGUUAUCCCGUUAUUCUUCAGAAAGAGAAUCAAAUUCAUACAUUGCAAGGAAUAUGGGAGUUGCUGAUGAUCUCGUGGAAGAGCUGUCUGAUGUGUGUGGAGUUCAAACUUUGUUGUGUGGAGAGGAACCAGCAGAUAAAAACCAUCUCCUGAAGAUGAAGGGCUUGCCAAAACACAUUGAUCUCACAUGUGUCAAAUACCAAGAACGAGAGCUUGAGCGGCGAAAACAAGUGGAUUACAAACUGUUUGCAAUGCAGAAGAUGAAAUAUAGAGUCAUGGAUGUUAUGAAGCUUCCACCAGACAGCAGCGUGGAAGUACCAACAGAGAGAAGAGUUCAGAUCCCUAAUGUUGUACUGACAGUGAAAAUACUUCGUCCUAAAGUGAACAGUUCCGUUGUUGGAAAGGGAGAGACUUUUCUUGUCUUGGGAACUCAGAAGCUGACAGAGCUGCGUGACCACAUUACCUGCAUGAAAGACGAUGCCAUAGCAGGAGAUCUGAGCGACUACCCCACAAUUGGAAAACAAGUUCUUGAGCCAGCAAAGAACAUCUACAAAUCAGCCCUGUUCUUCAUUGAGAAUACCUUCUAUAAUGAUAUGAGAGAGCCAGACAAUAGGGAUUACAGCUUACCUAUUUUGCAGUGGGCUGCAGAAGUAAAGCACGGAUCAGGGAACUUCAGCACAGCGAAAAUGGAAGAAACUACAUUCAGUGAUCUUGAGAUUCAGUUUGGUGUGCCAUACCUCUACCAGCAUCAAGGAAAUUGUGAACAUUUGCUUGUCUUCACCGACUUGAGAUUGCUGCAUUCUGAGGAUCCCCAGGACAUCACCAUGUACCCUUUUCUAGUGAGCGAGACGAUUAACAAGCGUACCAUAUGUAGGGCCUGCCAGAUGGAAUCUGCACGGUGGAUGGUUGUUGACAGUCCACUGACACCUGAGAGCCCCUGUUUCAUGUGUAAUGUGUGUUUCAUGGCAUUGCACUACAUCAAUGGACAGAGAGUGUGUAAUUUCGAGGCAUACAAAUACCGUGAAAAACUGGCUGACUUAUAGCUGUGUGCAUGUGCAUAUGCAAUUUUGUGUCAUCGACUGCAUGGUGUUUAAUUUUUGUCUCUGGUUCUUAUGACGUUUGACAUCUCAUGAAAUAAACACUUGCAGAGGGCUUGCAUUAAAAUAUUUUAUCAUU